AUGACCCGGAGCUACCUUGUUAGGUUUUUGUUUAUGCUCAGUUUGGCAUUACAGGUCAUCCAUUUGGGAAACAGCUAUCCAAGAGAGAAACAUAAAGGUAGUAGAGAAGAAGUCAACAACGCUACAACUCGGAAGCUCCAGCAGAAAACACUCAACGGGACUUCGAAUUUUAGGGAGGUGAACGGAAGCACGGAGGGCUGGAGGUCACAGAUCUUGCUUCCUUAUUCCUGGGCUUUCCAAGAGCGUGCGACCCAGCGGCCGCGCUGCUGCAUGAACGGUGGAACCUGCGUGCUGGGCAGCUUCUGCGUGUGCCCCGCCCACUUCACCGGCCGCUACUGUGAGCUUGACCAAAGGCACAGCGAGUGCGGCGCUCUAGUGCACGGAGCCUGGACCUUCCGCGGCUGCCGGCUCUGCAGGUGUGUCUUCGCGGCCUUGCACUGCCUCCCCCGCCAGACACCUGGCCACUGCGACCCGAAAGACUUUCUCAUCUCACACUCAAAUGGACUAAGCGCUCAGUGCCUGCUGAGUUUUCUCACCCUCCUGCCCUGCUUCCUCCUGCAACGCAUGCUCAAUGAAGGGGAGACUGCUGACCGGCCUGCAAAGACCUUACCCACAAUCCACACCAGCAGGACUGAGGCAUCCCUGGCACAAUGA